AUGUUCAACAUGGCUCGUGCAAGCUUCACUACGCUUCCCAAUGAGAUGCUCAUCAGCAUUGCCAGGCUCUCGGAUUGCUUCCGCGACUUCAGCAGCCUGGCGCGAGUAAAUCGACACGCGUAUGGGCUCCUGGACAUCUGCCUCCUUCGUCACAGGGUCUCCAUGGAAGAGGGUCGAUCAGCAACCCUCGUCUGGGCAUUGACGGCCGCCGGUAUCGACGAAGAAUUCAGGCUACUCAUGGUCAACAAGGCCAUCCACGCCGGCGUCGACGUCGACAUGGGCAUUAGCCUCGCCCACUUUCCCGACGCCGGCAUCCCUCGAGUCAACCCCGCCCACUUUCUCGACAAAAAUAAUCCGCGACGUAACCACGAGCAGUUGAAGGUGUCUGCCGUGGGAAUCGCAAUCAGCCGAGGCUACUUCCGGGUAGCUCACCGGAUGCUGGAAGCAGGGGCAGAAAUCAACUUAGAACCGUCCCCAGACGUCAGCCCGCUCUCGGAGAGCGUCGAGACACAAAACACGGACGCUGUCAAAUUCAUCUUGACACAGCCUGGGACGGAUGUGGACAAGCGGCAGCCCAAAGGCGAGACCAUUCUCGAGAGGGCUUUGACAUUUUCCACGGCCGAGAUUGUUCAAUUAAUCGUCUCACAUGUGGAUAUGAGCCGCAGGGAGUACUCCGGCGGCAUCCAGAUCUUCCUGCUUGCCGUGCAAUCCCAAAACCCGGAGAUGAUGUCGGCAGUGCUGUCCAGCGAGCACCUGUCUCCCAAUUACCAAUUCGUGACGAAUAUCAACAGGCGGAAUCCAGACACGGUCUUCACAUUUUCAUGCACCAUGAGCGAUGGUGGUAUCGUGCGGGUGCUGCAUGAUGACGAUCGUGUAGAUGUAGAUUUUGCUAGGGAUGGGUAUAACCUUGGUGCGCUGAAUGCCUGGAAACACCGACGCAUGAAUCAUGUCAAGUUUUUGAUGCGUUCCAAUAAAUCCAAGACGGCCAAGGGCUCAAUAUUCUGCCUUGCUUACUAUCAUGGAAAUGUCGGCUUUGCCAAAGGAGUUUUGCGGCUGGCUUGUGCUGAGGUUGCUGCCAAUGAAGCACUUGAACAGGCUGCCCAGACGAUCAUGGACAAUUCAAUGGACACCGAAUAG